AAUCUUAAUCACGAUCGAGAGACAGAUGGCGAACGCUAUUGUUCGAGUCGUUAUAUAAACGACGUCAUCGGUGUUAAGUAGUACAUGAAACGAUGAUUGAGACAACUGAGCGAUACAUCGAAUAAAUAAACUGGCGACGAUCGGUUGCAACGCGUCUGGUUGAGCAGCAUCAGUCGAAUCUAAGCAGACGCCAUCGUGGUUAAAGUGGAGAACAUGGCUACGCUGGUAGCCGCGGAUUACGUGGUGAUCGUAAUAACGAUGAUCAUUAGCUCUGGAAUCGGUGUGUAUUACUGGCUCUCUGGUGGAAAACAGAAGUCGACAGAGGAGUAUUUCAUGGCAGACAGAUCGAUGCGAGUGGCACCGGUCGCGAUAGGCUUAACGGUUUCGUACCUAUCCGCGGUCAGUUUGCUGGGAGUGAGCUCAGAAAAUUACGUUUAUGGUACCCAGUACGCUGUGAUCAAUAUCGCCUACGGGCUCGCUACUCCGAUCGCUACUUACUUCUACAUACCGGUGUUUUUCAAGCUCGGAGCGACCAGCUCUUUCGAGUAUUUGGAGAAACGGUUCGGAAGCAUGGCAAGGAUGACGACGAGCUUCGCUUUUAUGCUCCAGCUGCUUCUGUACAGCGGCGUGGUGUUGUAUGCGCCGGCACUCGCGCUCGAAGCCACCACAGGUAUCUCGACGACCGCAAGCGUAAUCGGGAUAGGAUUGGUCUGCACGUUUUAUUCGACGAUCGGCGGUAUUAAGGCAGUCCUCAUUACCGACGUAUUUCAGAGCUUGCUGAUGUUGAUAGCCGUUAUCCUGGUGAUCGUCACAGCGGCUCUGGAUGUCGGGGGUCUCGAUCGAAUAUGGGAGAUCGCUCGCGAAGGAUCGCGGGUCGAAUUUGAUAGCACUUCAAUGGACCCAACGGUGCGACACACCUGGUGGAGCUUGACAUUUGGCGGUUUCUUCACCUACCUCUCCUUGUACGGCAGCAACCAAGUUCAAGUUCAGAGAAUGUUAACCAUCAAAAAAGUACAAGGUGCACAGGCAGCCCUUUGGUGGAGCUGGCCAUUGGCCUCGUUGAUGUCAUUGGGCCUGUGUUACUCGGGACUGGCGAUAUACGCGAAAUAUCGCAACUGCGACCCCCUUAAGAGCGGAAGGAUCGGCUCGUACGAUCAAUUAAUGCCGCUUUACGUGAUGGACAUGCUCUCCGCGUAUCCAGGUGUGCCCGGGCUUUUUAUAGCCGGCAUCUUCAGCGCUGGCCUCAGCACCAUCUCCGCCACGGUGAAUUCCUUGGCCGCCGUUAUACUCGAAGAUUUUAUCAAGCCAAUAUGCAGUCUUAGGAACAAAGAGAUCACCGCGACAGGAUCGGUCGUUCUUAGCAAGAUCCUGGCCUUCGUAGUUGGCUUGGCCUGCAUAGCACUGGCGUUUAUGGCACGCUACCUUGGCGGGCUACUUCAAGCAGCUCUGACGAUUUUCGGAGUGGUCGGUGGACCAGUGUUGGGCGCGUACACUCUCGGCAUGUUCACGAGAUUAGGCAAUCAACGUGGUAUGAUCAUCGGCCUGUUGACUAGUCUCGUCUUUUCACUGUGGACUGGAUUCGGUCAACCUAAACCACCGAUUCCGAAUAAAGUGAACGUCAAAGCGAUGAACUGUAGCAAUCUAGCUGGCUACUACGAUCACGGGGAAUCGUUGGAUUUGCAUCUGGAAUACCAGCAGAAUAACAGUGACUCAUACUUCUAUCUGUACCGGAUUUCGUACAUGUGGUACUGUCCCCUGGGUAGUGCCAUCAGUUUCUUGGUGGGUUACAUCGCCAGCUGGAUCACGAAUUUAAUCCUCGGCGAAAAAGCACAGGAAGUCGAUCCAGAUCUUUUCACACCGAUCCUAGCGACGAGAAUGCGACAAAGACGAAUAAAAGAGUCGAACACGUUUCACAGUACAGUGGUAUUGGAUACGAUCUCUUGAUAUACCUCCACUCAACAGAUGAUGUAACGAAGGAGUUUUUCUUUUUCUUUCUUUCUUCUUUUUAUACCUGCGCAAAAUUUCACAGUGACGAACGGAUAAUCAAACUAUUACGUUACGAUUUAACGAUUACACGAGGCUCGAUCUCAGGUUACAACUACAAUAUUGCCCCAUCGUCGUAUCGUUACCAAAAUCACCGCACAGAAAUUCAACGUUUCGCACGUAAAGGGAGCGAGAGCCGAGCUAUCGAUCGUUUAUUUGCCACGACUCUAGGCCUCUUCCGUCGACUUGGAGAACUCUCGUAAUUGGCCUUCACCUAAAAA